CUUUAUUGAUGGCUCUACUUCGAUUCUGAGCACUCUGACCAGUGUAAGGAGCUCUACGAGGUUCCCGGCGGGGACCAGGGUCUCCUUCGGGAGGCCUUGGGUGCCGUCGGGGACUCCUUGGUGGCCCCCCCCGCCGCGGCCCGCCCGCCCUCGGCCGCCCGUCCAUCUCUCUCCUCUCGGGCCUCGGCGCCCUCGCGAUGGAGGUGAGCUCGAAGACGAAAUGCUGCGACCAGUGGCUGGAUCAGCGGCGAUCCUGGUGCUGGCGUUAACAGGCACGGGGCGAUACAUCAUUGCUUGUUGAUUGCAGUAGUGAUUUGUGAAGCGUGCCUCUAUGUGCAUUUUGGGCAGGGGAGUGCCAUUCGUCAUUGCGAGUACCCUUGCAUCUUUGUGCAUACGCAUUGGUGUGUCCUUGCAACGCAUGUGCAGCAAGAUGACCGAGCAGACUUAGUUCCGGGACUUGCAUUUGCCGUCGCGUUGGCCAGGACAUCUUCGGCCCAGGAUGCAUGCUGUGCAUGUGCACUCUUGGCUUCGCCAGCCAGGUGUGCGCACCAGGUCCCAACUGGGCGGUGCAAUGGUGCAGUUCGGUCGUUCCUUAUUCGCUACACAUCUCUUUUGCCGUGGGCGCCGUAUUUUGCAGCACGCCGAGCUGCCGCGCAAGCGCCAGCACCUUUCGGCUCAGCCGCCAGCGUCAGCGGGGCCAUGCCUCGUCUGUGCCCCCCGUGCGAGGGGGCAGCGUGCAUGGCGGAGCUGACGUGGGCACCCGCGCGGACUCCGAGUUGUGCGUGGCGCCCAGUGCUCUCAGCGAGCUUCUUCUCGGGGUCACCGCCACCCUUGCUUGAGUUCUGGGCGGGCGUGGCGCGUCCGUGUGUAGCGAGGUGGGUCUCGGGGUGCGUCCAGCCUGACAGCGAUGGUUAUGCAGCCUCCAGCAGGCUCUCCUGUGCCGCCCGUUCAACACCUGUCCGGCCACCGCUGCAGGCUGCGUGCAUCCUAGCGUAUGUCGGCGCAAGACUUUGUGCCCCUCAGGUCCCGCCUCGGCGAGGAGUCGCACGUGGCGCUGACAGGCCGCGCAGAAGCAGGA